AGCGACAACGUCAACGGGAAAACAUUUGCACAACAGCCACAGGGAGCGAACCGGACUGGACCGUACCGUACCGGACUGCACAUAAUGUGGAUACAAUCGAUAUUCCUGCGUGCAUUGACCAUAUUAUUGGUCAGUUGGCUGGGACACGUCAUCUGCCAGUCUGAUGACUCUCAUCUGCUGCUGUCUGGCCAGGAAGGCGAAGGACAGCCGGCCAAAGCCGAGUUUCCCGUCUGGGAUGAUGCACAGGGCGAGUGGCAGGACCCGGCCGAUUAGUGAGUGUUACUUGCGGAUGAUUCUAGUUAAAUUCUAGGAAAAAAUGUCUACAUGACAUUGAUAUUUUUCAACUAUACGUAUGCAACGUAUUUAUUGUGCAGCAAAAAAGCAUGCAACACUUUUGGGGCAUUUCCAGUCGUUACAAAAUUUCAUAGCAUAAUUAUUAAAAAAAUAGAAUCAGACAAAUAAAUCAAUCCGCUGCCCAGCGAAUAA